AUGAGCGAAACUGAAAUCAACCCCGUUUCCGUCUACAACAAAAUCAUCAGCUUAAAAGUCAAACCACAAAAUAGCGCAAAGUCUAAUGGUUCGGUUGAACCGCAAUCUGUGAAUAUCUUACGAGUCGAAACCGCGUCCGUGUCCAAAGAACUUGGACGGUUUCGUGCUUGUGAUAGUGUUUCCUGUUUCUAUUGCCGCGAAUGGGCACAGUAUAUUUAUAAAAAGUGUUUCUCUUGGAUGGCAAAAAGUCAAAGCAAUGAUACUGUAAAACAGAUAGAAAAUGGUACUGGUCCCAAAGAGAAUGCAGCGACUAUGUGUCAGUUACUCCAUCAGCUUUGUCAAAAGUACGCUGACGAUACGGGAACGUCUGUCGAUCCGGGUGAUUUUGUUGAUGAACUCAUUAAGCGUGUAUUUGAAUGGAUCAAAACACCGAGCGCGGUGCCUCGCCAUGACGUGUUCGCGUUUGUCGAGUUUGAGACUGUGUUGCAAAACAUGCCCUACCUCGACAAGGAAUCGAGUCCGAUAAAACUGCUACAGGCAAUUAUAAUCGAUAAAUCUCACUGCCAAAUCUCCAAAGAUUCGUUUCAUCUCUUGAAGAAUAUAACAAAGGCUCAACUGACGGAUCAAGUGCAACCAGUCUGUCAUCACACUCGGCCUGCUUGGAAAAUUCCAAACGAUCUAGAUGUGGACCGACAGGUUUUCAAUGAUCAGAUGCGAGCUGAAGAGUCAAACCAUGAUCAGGCUUUGAAGGAAAUUUUAUCAGAAGUCUGGGGACAUACUAACGUGUUUCUGGCCGAAGUGCAGAGAUUGGCGAGCGUGAGGGAAGCAACAUUUGAAAAGGGAUGCACGGAAAGGUUGGAUUCCUUUAUGAAAGAGUAUCAUGAAGAAGCAACCCCGUUUCAGGAUUAUUGGUCGCCUAUAGCCGAGACGUACAAGAAGACUGCGAAAGCCAAGAAGGGCAAUAAAUCAAACACAUCCGAUUCGGCUAUGAAUGCCGUAGAGGACGUUGACGCCGCUUUUUCCGCAUACUUGAAUAAUGCUAGGACGAUUCUGACGUUCUGGGAAGAGGGUUUUGUGAACAAAUCUUAUUCUGACGCAACAAAUUUCGUCGAUGAAUUUGUCCAACAAAUGAAAAAAUGUAUGGACAAGACGCCGGCUCGAUUUGAAGAAGAAAACAUGGCGACGAUUGGUGAAUUGGUCAAGCAAUCUCAACUAGCAAAGACGGCACUUGAGAAUAUUGGGCCUCGAGUUAACACUAGAAUAGCUGAGAUGCAAGCAGAGGUUGCAAAACGGAAUAAAGAGAUACUGGACGAGAUCGAUGCUCUAGAGGAAGCAUGGGAGGUUGAAUCUCAAAAAACAUUACAAGGUAGAUUAGAAAAGGCUAAUAACAAGGAAUUCCGUAAGCGAACUAAAAAGCUGGAAAAUCUGUUACAAUCCACCAGGCAAUGGACCAUCAGUUCAGUGGGUACACUGUUUUCUGCGGUAGACUUUGCUCAUCUCUUCAUUGGGUGUUUGGAAGUGUUGCUGAUGGAAGGGGAAGUAUGGGAAUCAGUACAAGUUCGGAAACAUUGCAAAAAGUACGAAGGAGUUGGCAAAAAAUUGGACGUCCGAAGGCAACAAAUUAUAAAAGAUUUUAAAGAAGGUAUUACGACUGGUCGUAAGGUAUUGGCCGGGGUGAUUGGACGAUUGUUCUUGAGAGAAGCUUCGAGAUUGGUAGAAGAGACAUUGGCUCUGAAAAAACAAGACGAGUUUUUGCAGUCUAUAGACCAAACGAAAACCGAAACUGGAAAAAAGAAGAAAGGAGGCAGCAAUGGAACCGGGCCCGGAAAUAAUGCUGCUGGAAAUAACGCUACAGUUUCUGCAGUAAACGAUUGGACGAGCGGCGAGUCGAAGAUAAACAAUGCUGGAACGGUAAUUAGUGUAUCUUCGACCGCUUCUGUUGAAUCUGCUCCUGUUGUCGAAGCUGCCGAUGAUCAAGUUGCAAAAAAUAAACGGAACGAAUCUCAAAAAACGACGCGAAAGUCGUAUGAGGACGCAGCCACCAGUGAUCCUGUCGUUACGUCUAACAAGGAAACUUCAAACAAGCGAAAUUCAAAGGAGAGCUCAUCGUCAUCCUCGCAUAAAUCAAAACCCUCUCUCGAUCUUUCUCCUCUCAAUGGUUCCCAAUCGAAACCGGAAGACAUGGAUGAAUCUCCCCGUACUCCGUCAAAGCCGCCGGGCCUUGAUAAUGAGGGGUUAAAUGAGAAACAAGACAAAGCGUCGGCCGAAUAUCUUGAAUAUGUUAGUACAUUCGAUGGAAUUGGCCGAUCCGAUCUAAUCAUGCUCGUACAUAAUCUACAAAAGGAGAACACCAAUCUAGUGUCUACACUGAUCCAAAUGCAGCAAGAGGUGAAGGGGAUGAAUGCGCGAUAUUCCGAACUUGUAGAUAUGGCUCGAGAACGCGAGGUACAGACAGUGCAAUUACUACAAGCGCGUAAGCAGCAGGAAAUGGAAGACGCAACUCGAUAUAUUCAAAUGUUGGAGAUGAAGAUUGCUCAUUUAGAAAAGAAUCGUCACGGAAGUAGUCAGCCGGAAAGUCCGUUGACGGAAUCUGCACCGCAGAGCCCAAGUCUAGCAAUUGGCGGUUUGCCCAAUUCUCAAGCUGGUAGUACAUCGACGAGUUCGUUCUCGAUGAAUUAUCAAUUUGCCAAUACUUCUCAGUCUUUUCUCAACCCAUGGCGCGGUGCUUCCACGCCAAGAGCGACUAGCCUGCGGUGCGGCAAUUGUGGUGAACAGGGACAUGUUAGUGCCGACUGCUCUUCGGGAUGCCGUUACUGUGGUGGUCUGAAUCAUUUGAGUGAGAACUGUGGUCAGUCCGGGAUCGAUGUAAGCGGUAUUGGAUUAGGCGCUGCGAUGGCUAUGCUGCAUGCUGACGACGAGAGCUCUGGUGAUGCUAGCGGAAAGAUUGAGGAGAUAGACGAAUAA